GGCGGCUUUAUCCGUUCAUUUUUUCGCUUUUGGAGAUUUGAAGAUUUAAGAAAGAAAAAGAGGGAGCUAUGGAGGGCCUCGUGUGCCCUUUGUACAGCUCAAAUACUGUACUGGCAUCGGCAAAGCUAUCGCAUAAUAUUAAAUCAUCAGUUUUGCUGUCGGUGAAUCCCUCUGUUUCAUCUCCCCACCGCACCAUUCUUGCAUUUUCUUCAGUUCUCGCUACUUCUUCUCGUUUACCUUCUUCUACAGUAAUUUAUGCGGCACCAGAGAACCAGUUAGAUGUUGGGGUUGACACGGAGACAGGGGAAUGGGCAAUGCAAGAUUUCUAUAGCUUGAGGAGGGAUGUUGAAGCUGCCUCAGAGCGUGUUGAAGAGAUUAUUGCCUCUGCUGGUAUGCAGCUAUUACAACAAGAACUUGCAGGUUUAGAAGCGAAAGCAGCUGAUAGCUCCUUAUGGGAUGACCGUGCUAGAGCUCAGGAAAUCCUUUCGGCUCUCACAGAUGUCAAAGAUAAGAUAAAACUAUUGACUGAAUUCAAAACCAUGGUUGAAGAUGCAGAAACUAUAGUUAAGCUAACAGAAGAGAUGGACUCCACAGAUGCUGGACUUCUCGAAGAGGCAACUGCUAUAGUUAAAGAAUUAAACAAGUCAUUAGAUCGAUUUGAGUUGACUCAACUUCUUUCAGGCCCCUAUGACAAAGAAGGUGCUGUUAUAUCUAUCACAGCUGGUGCUGGAGGCACUGAUGCGCAGGACUGGGCUGACAUGCUUCUUAGGAUGUAUCUGAGAUGGGGAGAGAAACAACGAUACAAGACAAGAGUGGUAGAAAAGUCCCCAGGAGAGGAAGCUGGAAUUAAGUCAGUUACCAUUGAAAUCGAAGGCCGUUAUGCUUACGGAUAUCUAUCUGGGGAGAAAGGAACACAUAGAAUUGUACGGCAAUCUCCUUUCAAUGCCAAAGGUCUUCGUCAGACUAGCUUUUCAGGUGUUGAAGUCAUGCCUCUUCUUCCUGAAGAGUCUAUGGAUGUUGAAAUACCUGAGGAGGAUCUGGAAAUCACUUUUUCAAGGGCAGGUGGGAAAGGAGGCCAGAAUGUAAAUAAGGUUGAAACUGCUGUCCGGAUUACUCACAUCCCCACUGGUGUCACUGUUCGCUGCACAGAAGAGAGAUCCCAGCUUGCGAACAAGAUCAAGGCUCUCAGCCGGUUAAAAGCAAAGCUAUUGGUUAUAGCUGUGGAGCAAAGAGCAUCUGAAAUCAAGCAAAUAAGAGGAGAUGCAGUGAAAGCUGAGUGGGGCCAACAGAUAAGAAACUACGUAUUCCAUCCAUACAAACUUGUCAAAGAUGUACGGACAGGAUUUGAGACAUCGGAUAUUAAUUCUGUGAUGGAUGGAGAAUUAGAGCCCUUCAUCAAAGCUUACCUCAAGUAUAAGUACAGUAUGGCAAUGUCUGCAAGUGGGAGUAAUUGAUAGAUAGAUUUAUUUUGUUUACAUGCUUAUUUCUGUAAAACUAAUUAGCUUAUCUUCAUAUCAUACAAGUCAGAGAUGGCGUAGUUAAAAUCAGAUUUGUGUGCAAAAGCCGGUAUAUUUGGCAGCAAAUGAAUAGUCUGUUUGUAAAAUUUAGAUAAUUAGAAUACAAUUACCAUUCAACAUAAUCUUCAUGUUUCACUUAAUUACCUUAUGGUGAAACUGUAUAUUCCAUCAUUCUUUUAA